AUGGCUGAGAAUUUCGAGAACUACGACUAUAACCAAGACCCUAACCCCCCGGUUCUAGGGCAAGAAGAAGAGGCGAUAUCUGAGGUGUCCGAGGGCACAUUUAUUGAGCAUUCUGAAGCUGUCGAUGCUUCAGCCGAGAAACAGGAGCCAUUCGUCGCCUCGCCACACCUUCACCCCACCACGCCGGUUCACUAUUCUGGUAGGAAUUCUGCAAAUUCGCCUGUUGAGGGUGGAGAUGAGAAGCGGCCACCUCAGCAAGCUCUAUCAGAUACUCCCGAUGGUGUCCAUCGUAUGCAAAAGUUCAUACUCUACGAGACUUCUACACGAUACUACAUUGUCGGCUCCGAUUCACAGGACGAACGAUACCGAAUGUUGAAAAUUGAUAGGACCGUUGAUCCCGGGGAGCUUUCCAUCAUUGAAGAUGAUGUUGUCUACAGCAAAGAUGAGUUGACACAGCUUCUAGCCGCCAUUGAAGAUGGUAAUCUAGCUCAUGGAGGGCUUAAGAAGCGGUGUGCAAUGUGGGGGAUUCUUGGAUUCAUUCGGUUCACGACAAACUAUUACAUGUUGGUCAUCACGCAGAAGACUAUAGUCGCCAUGCUUGGUGGUCAUUACAUCUACCAAAUUGAAGCUACCGAAUUGGUUCCAAUAAUCACAGCCACAUCUACGAAGAAAGCAGACAAGAACCCCGAGGAGGCCCGGUUUAUGGGUAUAUUUGGCAACCUGGAUCUGACGAAGAACUUCUACUUCAGCUAUUCUUAUGACAUCUCUCGGACGCUCCAGUACAAUUUGACGAAAGCUCGAGAAUCUCUGAAGAAUGGAUUGAGGCCUUCAAUGACGUCCAGUGCUGAUUACAACGAAAUGUUUGCUUGGAACCACUAUCUUCUGCAACCCGCUCUUCAGUACAUGACAAAUACAUUCGAUUGGUGCCUCCCUUUGCUUCACGGCUUCCUUGAUCAACGCAAAAUCUCAGUAUUUGGGCGCCCAGUCUAUGUCACCCUCAUUGCUCGAAGAUCUAGAUAUUUUGCCGGCGCAAGGUUUCUCAAGCGAGGCGCAAACGACUUGGGAUAUGUAGCCAACGACGUAGAGUCAGAACAGAUUGUCUCUGACAUGAGGACUACAUCCUUCCAUGCUCCUGGAGGGAUCCUCUUCGGGAGCCCGAAUUACACAUCCUAUGUUCAACAUCGUGGAAGUAUACCUCUGUAUUGGUCGCAGGAAUCUAGCCCGUCUGUUCCAAAACCUCCAAUCACUCUCAAUCUCGUUGAUCCUUUCUUCAGUGCUGCCGCCCUCCACUUUGACCAGCUUUUCGAUAGAUAUGGAGCCCCGAUAAUAGUCCUUAACCUCAUCAAAUCGAGGGAAAGAGUUCCUCGAGAAUCCCUCCUGUUGCAUGAGUUCACACAAGCCGUUAACUACCUCAAAAACCUGCUGCCCAAUAAAGACGACAUUAUCUACAAGGCCUGGGACAUGAGCCGAGUUGCGAAAAGCCGCGACCAGGACGUUGUCGAAAAACUUGAAGAAACUGCAGAAGAUGUUCUGAAACAGACUGGCAUCUUCCAUAAUGGAUAUGGCGAUGACCACCCGAUUCAACUCCAACGCGGGGUAUGUCGAACUAACUGCAUUGACUGCCUUGACCGAACCAAUGCUGCACAAUUCGUGAUCGGGAAGCGAGCUCUAGGAAUGCAAUUGAAGGCCCUUGGGAUUAUCGAAGAUGGGUAUCUUAAGUAUGACACCGAUGUUUCCAACUUGUUUACUCACAUGUAUCACGACCAUGGCGACAGCAUUGCUCUCCAAUACGGCGGUUCGCAUUUGGUUAACACCAUGGAGACAUACCGUAAGAUCAAUCAAUGGUCUAGCCAAUCGCGGGACAUGAUUGAGAGUUUUAAGCGGUAUUACAAUAAUUCUUUUAUGGAUGCUCAGCGACAAGAGGCUAUCAAUCUGUUCUUGGGAAAUUACAUCUUCGCAAAGGGUCAGCCGAUGUUGUGGGAUCUUGAAACAGACUACUAUCUUCACCAUGCAGAUCCAAGAAUGGAGAAGAACAAACGCAGCUAUGUGAAGUGGUGGACAGACUCGCAUCUUGAGAAAAUGGAGAUACCACCUGUUGUUUCAAUGUCGGAACUGAAUAACCGGGAUAUCUCAUUCUAUGAUGAAUUCUGGUCAGAGUAUUAUAGACCAAAGGCUCUGUCAGCUUUUCCAAAGAUCUUUGCCUAUCGAAUGGCCUCGACGGCCAAGAGCACCAAAACCCCAGAUGGAGCAAAUCAAGACCCAUCGCCCUUCGCUGUCCGCAGCUCAUCUGGCGACAAAGAUAACCGACGCAAACGCCGGGGCGUGAAGAUUCUCGACCCAACCAUUGACCUCAGCAAACAGAUCAAACGACUGUCCCUCCAACGCUGGCUUACAGAUGCUAACGGUGGACAAUCCCACCAUUCUCACGAAAACAAUUUGAAGUACAGCUUAAACCUAAGUUUAAAUGACAGUAUUCCCUCAAUACCCGGUGCCGUUUCCAAAUCUGACAAGGAAACUCUACCACCCCAUCUUUGGACAAUGGACCAAAUAGUCCAUCACUCCCUCAACCCUUCUGUCUCAAAAUCCGAGAAAGCGGAGUAUGAACGUUACGUAACCCACCCUCUGAACCUUCCAAUGGUUCCCCACGAAGGUAUUUCGAACCCACCGAGAGCCUUUGUAGAUUAUCUCAACAGUGGGAGUCCGAGUGCUGUUGCGAAUUUGAGCAGUACGGCCGAGGAUGAGGCGGUUUAUAGGUCGUUUGUGGAUGCGGCCGAUAAUUAUAUUGCUGGAGUUGAGGAUAUGCCUGCUAAGCUGAGAUACAAGGCGUAUCAGGGAUAUGUUGCCGGGAAGGGUUUCAAGCAGUUGAGGGCUGAAAGCUUGGUGAAAGGUUGA